AUGACUUCAUCCGUUUCCGUCGCAGGGUUUGAUCAAUUGAAAAAUACUGUAGAAAAAUAUGAUAAAGAUAAAAGAAUUUUUGUAUUAUUUUGUGGAACAAAAGAUAGUAAAGGACAUAGUUGGUGUCCAGAUUGUGUAGCAGCAGAAAAACCAGUAGAAGAAGCUGUUAAAUCAUCGUUACCAUCGAAUGCAGUAUUUAUUGAAUGUGAUGUUGGUGAUCGACCAAGUUGGAAAGAUCCGAAAUGUCCAUUUCGAACAGAUCCACAAACUCGUUUAACAGGUGUUCCAACGUUAAUCGAAUGGGGAACGUCUAAACGUCUUGUUGAAAGUCAAUUACUUGAUGCAGACACAAUUAAAAUACUUUUUGAAGAUGAUUAA